AUGAAGGGAGUCAGUCAGGCCGAAGUCAUCCAGUUCCUCAAGAGUCACAUCAUUCACAGGUUUGGGUUACCUGAGACUGUUACGUGCGACAAUAGAAGAGUUUUCAUAGGGGAUGAGGUGGUGGUGUUUGUAGUAGAGUUAGGGAUAACAUUCACCCAUUCCACCCCAUACUAUGCACAAGGCAAUGGUCAAGCCGAGGCAAGCAACAAGAUUCUCAAGGGAUGUUUAGCGAAGGUUGUGGAUGACAACCAACGAAGAUGGGACGACAUGCUUUCUGAGGGACUCACGCCAACAACCUACAAUGAGGCUAUGAUGGCUGAGCUCGAUGAUUUGGAAGAAGAGCGUUUGGCUGCACUGGACAGGAUGCAGGCUCAGAAGAGGAAAGUUACAGCCAUUUACAAUAAAAGGAUAUGCCCAAAGCACUUCUAA